CUCCUGGGCCCCCUCGCUCAGUUCUGAACCGUGCAGCUGACUGUCACCACCGAGGGCCGCGAUGGACAUGCAGGGGUCUGCUGGGAGAACAGGCCUGGGCGUGAAGGAGGCGCGCUGGUACGGGAUGACGGCCCGCAGGGGCACGGUGCUGGCGGGCUCCUUCUCCAUCAUGGUCACGCACCUGUACCUCAUCUUCGAGCGGAAGCACCUGGCCUUGGUCAACUGCACCGAGCCCGCCCUGGCCAGCAGGGGCAUCCAGGACGUCUUCAGCCGCUUCAUCAUCUGCUGGAGCCUGGCCAUCAUGGUGCUCCUGGCGCUGGUCACCCUUGCAGUCAGCACCUUCCUCCUGUACUCCGUGUACGCCCAGGUCUACCGGGGCCUGCUGCUCUACAUCUUCUGGAUCACCUGCUUUGAGGCCGUCAACCUGGCCGUGCAGAUCCUCACCGACAGCUUCAGCAGCGGGGCCAUCAGAGCCAUGCGCUGGUUCUGCUUCCUGUCCCGCACGGUCACGCACUGCUUCUGGCUGUCCUUCGUGGUCACCUACGCGCGCCUGAGCUACAAGAGCCAACAGCAGGGUGACAUCCUGUCCUACAGAAGGCGCGGCUCCACAGCCACCAGGAAGUCACAGUGGUAGCAGCGAGGCCGGGGUGGCCUUGGUCUUCUUCCCCAGGGACGUCCCGCCCCGUGCUUAGGGUGCCUCUGUUUCCCUUUAUUUUGUUGUUGUUUGCUUUGCCCGAGCCCGUGCUGCCACUCUUCCGGGGGAACGCGCCCAGGAAACUCAAUGGCCAGCACAGCUGGGGCACCCGGGCCUGGAGGCCUGGAACAGCCCCGCGGAGGACCAGAGCCCCACCUUCCGCCUUCCGCUCGGGUCAGUCCCACCUUCUCGGGCAAAACCCGAGCGCACAGCGGCCCUGCGGCACCUUCAACCCCUACCCUCGCUCCUGACUUAACCCGGGAAGGGCGCCGCCGCGUUUACACCUGGGGUCCUGGCAACACAGAGGAUUCUCUUGGCCGCGCCGCGGGUUUGGGCUGCGGCUGCCUCGCUGAAUCCCCUAUGCUGAAUUCUACAGCAAUAGAACAAUAAAAAUAGAGAAAAAAAAUCGUU